AAGCCUGACAGUGCAAUGCUGCCAAUUGAAAACUCACACUUUUAGAGAUUUGGACUGAAUAUGUCAAGAUUUGAAGCGUAGCCUUCUUUUAUUUCUCAUAACCGCAGCCAGCUCUUCCACCGCCCGUCAAUAAAAAAUCUUCUCUUGGUUCUAAUGGGUGUUAACCCACUUCCUCUUUUCCAGAGCUCGGUUAGAGGAGGGAUGACGUAAUGGGGGCGGGAAAAUGUUUUCCUGACCCCCCGCCUCUUUUCUUUCUGUCACUGCAAUGUAGACUCGGAAACAGCUGCUGGUUUCCAUCCCACAGGAAGAGGUCAAAGGAGUAGGGCAGAAAAGGUCCUCCAGUGGCCUAAGAGGCAAAAACCGGGCUGAUACGGCGACUCUGCUUCUUGUAAUUACAGUACCCUUUGCCGGCCUGUCGAGUUUCUUGCUCGGACUCGUCGCUGUUAGGCGAUGGACGAAAGGGAGGAAGAAUUCGAACCUUCGGUUCUGGGCACCAAAGAGCAUUGGGACACAGCAUAUGAACGUGAUCUGCAAAAUUUUAAAGAAAAUGGUACUGCUGGUGAAAUCUGGUUUGGUGAAGAAAGCAUGACUCGUUUAAUUAGAUGGCUAAAAAAGCAAAAGAUGCCCCUGGACAGCUCUGUGCUUGACAUUGGAACAGGAAAUGGUGUUUUACUGGUUGAAUUGGCCAAAUCCGGUUAUACCAAUCUUACAGGAGUUGACUACUCUGUGUCUGCAGUGCAACUUUCAAAAAAUAUAAUGGAAAAAGAAGGGCUGCCUCAUGUUAAGUUACAGGUUGAAGAUAUUUUAAAUCCAUCAGAUGGAUUAUCAGGUUUUCAGAUUUGCAUUGAUAAAGGGACUUUUGACGCCAUCUGUCUGAACCCAGACAAUGUGGCAGAAAAAAGGAAGCAAUAUGUGAAAUCCCUACACAGAGUAUUGAGACCUGGAGGCUUUUUACUUAUAACGUCUUGCAACUGGACCAAAGGGGAGCUGCUCAAAGAGUUCAGAGAAAGGUUUCUUCUUCUGGAGGAAUUGCCAACACCAACAUUCUGCUUUGGAGGAAAAUCUGGAAGCAGUGUAACUGCUUUGGUUUUCCAACAGAAAGAAUAAAGUUUCCUAUUCUGGUGAUGGAAGAUUGAAUUCUAAAUUGCACUGACAAUUUUGACUUCCCAAUGGCAUCUGGUUGGCCUCUUUGGGAGGCCUGUUUGGGAACAAAAUGCCGGACUGAUGCAGCAGAGCUGCUGUUAUGUGGUGAAUGUACCUGAAGAAAAACAUCUUACACUUUUAUUUUUUUUAAAAAUUAUGGCAACUUUUUUCAUUUGAAAUGUGAUAUAUAUGUUAAAUGGUGGUCAGUUCAGAAUUAAAGUUGAGUGUAUGAAUCAUGUGAAAUAAACUUCUGUGAUGUUUAGUGAUGUUACUGUUAAAAGGCAAAAAUGGAAUAACUUCUUUAGAAAAGUGACGAAUGUAAAAAACUCUUGGGUGACAAGUGUCUCAUUAGUAUUUGAAAAUGUGUGUGCAUGUUUAGAUAUAGGAAUGGGAAUACAAGAUUUGAGAAUUUUUGAAUCUGCAGUUUUUAUACAAUGGAUUAGAUCUAAAGCUGAAUUUUGGUCCCAUUGAUUUCAGUGUGAAAAUAACCAAGUUAAAUACCUUUAUUUCAAAGAGAACUAACAGCAACAUCUUAACUAUGUCAACUCAGAAGUAAUUCUUAUUGAAUUCUAUGGGACUUACUCCCAAAUACGUGCGGUUUGGAUUGCAAUCUUAGUGCAACUGAUUUAGUCUUAGUUGAACAUUGCCUCUAAUCCAUGCUGGUAAUAAAUUGCAGAUGGACUAGUAUGAUCAUUCUACUUUUGUACUGAAAGUUUGGAACUGCUUCCUUUCAAGCGCUCCCUCUUACUUUAGCAUGUCAUCAUUAGUUUGUACAGCUCUGAGUAUCGUAAAAAAAAAUAAACAUGGAGAGUUACUGAUUGUUAUAUCUGCCAACUGAAUAGGAAAUUUGUUUUUAACAAAGGGAUCAAUACUGAAAAUCUGCUUCUUUAGGAAAUUACACAGUACAGAUUUUUAAUUACAUAAAAUCAAGGAUGAGUAUAUUUAUCCAACCCUGAAAACUGUGCAAGGAUCAUAUUCAUAAUGUGCCACCUGUUCAUUAUUUCAUGUUUCUGGAGAUUAUGAUAAUAACAGCUGCCUUGAGGGAAUACAGCCAUCCCCACUCCCCCAAAUCUAAACAUGUAAAUACAUUUUCAAAUAGCAGUAAAUAUGGCAUUUUAGACAUCCAAGAAGUUCUAACUGGCAGGCUGUCACAUUUCUACAGAAAAGCAAUUUCACUUCUAUGAGUGGUAAUUUAGGGGAAAUUUUAAAUUCAGCUGGGAUAGAUGGAUUGUGGAAUAAUUAAAGCUGCAUUCUCCAAUCUGGUAUCCUCUAGUUGUUUUGAACCACAACUCCCAUCAGCCCCAGUCAGCACAGCCAAUGGUCAGGGAUAAUAGUCCAAAACAUCCGGAGGGCAUCUCAGUUGGGGAAGACUGCAUUAAGGGAAGUUGAUAGCAGCUUAUCAUGUCUUUCUUCUCUCCUACCUCUUUCCUAUACCUUCCAAUUUCUGGGGUCAAUUUAUCAAAGUAAAAUAAAAAAGUUUCCACAGUACAUUUGGAUAAUCCUUCCUGGCUAACUAGCCCAGUCACAUUUAUCUGGUCUAUGUUCUCUCUAUCAAAUGUGUUUAGAACAGUUAACUUGUAGGAAAAAUAAGUUAACACUUCAUAUACAUUUUCUCAUUUUUCAUGAAUAUUUAAGAACAGCAAAGAAUUGUUCCGACCUUGCUUCUUGAGAUUUGUUUCUCCAGCAAUCUCCACCUCUGGCUGUUGAGUUCAUACCAUCUGAGCAUAUGUGUACUCCAUACUAGUAAAUCCUUUAAUAUGCAGUAAUGUCAACUUUAUUAUAGAACCUAAUUAUGUGUGAGGGAGGAUAAAGUUGUUUUGGCCCUCAGACAAAUGUCUGGAAAAUAGUGUCUGAAGAAUAUAGCCCCCCCCCCAAGUUGAGCAUGUGAGAUGAAAAUUUAAGAGAGCACAGGCAUUCCCCAAUUGUGGAAAGUAUGGCACCGAUCUCAGCAGCUUUGUGGGAGCUAUUUGUACGUAAGGAUUAUCUUGAAUGCUUUUGCAGGUUAGGUACAAUUAUUAGGAUUGGACCUAAUUAUUUUUAUGUUGAUGUUCACCCACAGAAGCAGUGCUAUGGCUUUUUCAAAGAAAGUUCCCUUAUUGUUUACUGAUUAUUUUGUUUUGGCCAGUGUUCCAAAGUACUGUCACCAACUUGGUAUCAACACUGCCCUGUUCAUACUCUAUAGAUGGAAGAAAUUUGUCAACAAACGGGUGUAAUCCCACUUUUUUUGUGGGGAGAGUGGGUGGAAAGGAAGAGACAUUGAAACAGCUUUUCUCAUGUUGACAUGCCACAAAUCAACAAACACGUCUGCUGCAUCACUGGCAACUUUCUUUCAUAGGAUCCUUAAACCUCCUUGCCACCAGUUCCCAAAUCUUUAAUCUGAAUAAAUUGUCCGUCCUACUAUUGGA